AUGGAGCAAAGAGAGGACAACCAGCCAGGAAGCGGCGGCCACCUCAAAACCGCCGUGGCCAAGACUCCUCCGCCGCCGUCCGGCAGCGGUCCCCUGCCGGACACCGCCGAGGAAUUCGAGCAAGAGCAAGAGAACUAUGUUCAACAGAAACCAGGAUGGAGAAGCUUCUUGUCUUAUGUUGGCCCAGGAUUUUUGGUCUCUUUGGCCUAUCUUGACCCUGGAAAUUUGGAGACUGAUCUGCAAGCUGGAGCAAGUCAUGGAUACGAAUUGCUAUGGGUGAUCCUUAUCGGGUUGAUAUUUGCGCUGAUAAUUCAAUCUCUAGCAGCGAACCUUGGAGUUAGUACAGGCAGACAUUUAUCUGAGCUUUGCAAAGCUGAGUAUCCGAUCGUUGUAAGAUAUUGCUUGUGGUUGCUGGCUGAGGUUGCCGUUAUAGCCGCUGAUAUACCUGAAGUGAUUGGUACAGCAUUUGCACUCAAUAUAUUAUUUCACAUCCCAGUUUGGGUUGGCGUUCUCUGCACUGGUUUUAGCACUCUUAUUUUGCUCGGUCUACAGAAAUAUGGGGUGAGAAAAUUGGAAAUGCUAAUAGCAAUAUUAGUGUUCGUAAUGGCGGGUUGUUUUUUCGGGGAAUUAAGCUACGUAAAGCCUCCAGCUGAGAAAGUGAUUAAAGGAAUGUUUAUUCCUAAGCUAAGUGGUCAAAGUGCAACUGGUGAUGCUAUUGCACUUAUUGGUGCCCUUGUUAUGCCGCAUAAUCUUUUUCUUCACUCUGCUUUAGUACUAUCCAGAAAGAUACCGAAUUCGGUUGGAGGAAUUAAUGAAGCUUGUAGAUACUUCUUAAUGGAGAGUGGAUUUGCACUGUUUGUGGCUUUUCUCAUCAAUGUUGCAGUUAUUUCAGUGUCUGGUACAGUUUGCUCAGCUAAUAGCCUUUCAAAAACUGUGAAAAAUAGUUGUGAUGAUAUGACACUCAAUUCAGCCUCUUUUCUCCUCAAGAAUGUUUUGGGGAGCUCAAGUUCUACUAUUUAUGCCAUUGCAUUACUAGCCUCAGGCCAGAGCUCAACAAUUACAGGAACUUAUGCAGGACAAUUUAUCAUGCAGGGAUUCUUGGAUCUCAAGAUGAGAAAAUGGCUUAGAAACUUGAUGACAAGAUGCAUCGCCAUAACACCGAGUCUUAUAGUUUCAAUAAUCGGUGGAUCUUCAGGGGCCGGUCGAUUAAUCAUCAUUGCAUCGAUGAUCCUAUCUUUUGAGCUCCCAUUUGCUCUCAUCCCACUUCUUAAAUUCAGCAGCACCUCCACCAAGAUGGGUCCCCACAAGAACUCAAUAUAUAUUAUCGUGGUCUCGUGGAUACUCGGGCUUGGGAUUAUAGGAAUCAACAUAUAUUAUUUGAGUACGGGAUUUGUGGAUUGGGUGUUACAUAACAGCUUGUCGAAAAUCGGGAAUGUGCUGAUAGGGAUUGCAGUAUUCCCACUUAUGGCGAUCUAUGUGUUGUCCGUGAUUUAUCUAAUGUUUCGUAAAGACAAAGUUGUCACGUUUAUCGACCCAACAAAGCUCAACUCGAAUGCCGAAACUCGAAUGGAGAGUGGUAUUGUUGGAGGUGGACUUGAGUUGCCCUUUAGAGAGGAUCUUGCUAACAUACCAUUGCCCAAUUAG